AUGCAAAGGUCGAGGGCAGAGACAGACAUCAGGUUGUCACCUAUUUGUGCCGCUAGGAUCUUCCAGCUCACUCGGGAACUCGGGCUCAAGACCGACGGCGAGACCAUUGCUUGGCUCCUGCGUCAGGCCGAGCCUUCCAUCAUUGCUGCCACUGGAACUGGCAUCACCAUUACCCUGCCGUCCCAUCCUCUGCUUUCAUCGGAUUAUUCACCUUCUUUGGACUUUUCUCACCCAAAACUUGUCUCCCAGGAUCAAGGUAAGCUCAAGGACGUCUCCGGGGCUGAACCCGGUUUGCCACCUUUUGAGUUUGGCAUGGUUUCAAAUUUUAAUUUGGAGUUUUAUGCUAAUGAGAUCGCAAUUCUCAAGUCGGUUACUUCAACUCAUGACAAACAAGGGAAAGCUUGA